AUGACAGCCGAUCACCUCAUCACAGACCCCACCCUCCUCUCUGUCCUCCGCGCCGCUGAAGAAGCCCGCCGACAAUGCCUCGAGCUCACGGAUCUCAUCGCGCAGAACCACGCCGAGGAGCCUUCUGAUGAGCAGUUCGACGCCCAACGUAAACUCAACGCUCGUCUCGCGCUGUUGCGGGGUCUGAACAGGAACGCCGUGAAGAGCGUCAGGACCACGAAGCAGGAGACCACCGAGGCACGCCAGGAAAUUGAUUCGUUGCAUCUGGAGCUGCAGAAUCUGUACUACGAGCAGGGCCACUUGAGAGGGGAGAUAAGGGGAUGUGAGGGGUUUGACCACAAGUACACCCGCCUUCCCAUGAUCUCAACAGAGGAAUUCAUCGCCCAGCACCCAGAACACGCCGACUCCAAUGAACACGACCUGACGCUCGCGCGCAUCGCGGAUGAACACGCUGCUCGCCAGGAACUGGAGAAGCAACGGCAGGAGCUGGGUAAGAGGAAGGAGGCACUGGUCAAGGAGACGAAUCUGAAGAAGGAGGAGUUAGGUAGACUUGACAAUGAGGUGGAGAAGUGGUUAGGUGGGCAGGAGAACGUUAGGAAGGUUUUUGAGAAGAGGGCCAAGGAGGGGAUCUAG